AUGGGGGCCCCCCAGCACACCCCCGCCGGGACGCUCAGGGAUUCGGCCCUUCUGCCCUGCCCCCCACCGCCGGCCGCCACCAUCACCUACCGUCCUCGACAGCCUGUCCUACCCGCUCCGCUCCGCCGAUCGUUACCUUCCCUCCCCCGCCGGCCGGCCGACGCUCCGCCCUCCAAGGUUCCGGCUCCGGGUGCUGACGCCAAGGGGGCGCGGCCUAUGGGCCUAGGCGUUACUAUGGCGACUGCGGCCUGCACCGGGCAUGGCCGGCGGGGCCUGGGUCUCUCCGCGGAUGUCGGGGCUUUCCAUCUGGGGAGUGGCGCCCCUCCGUCCGACCCAGACAACAUGGAUGAACAGGCUCCUGCAAACAAAAGACCAAUGACUUCAGCGGAGAAAAUGAGGAGACUUCGAGCAAAAAGGAAACAACAAGAUUUUCUUCUAAGGAGAGUCAACGAGUGGAAGCACUACGCAAGAAACACGUACAAGAAAUGACAAAGAGGCAGAUGACUGCAUAUCGCAAAGCUGCUGCUGCAAGAAAGCAAAAGUCACGUGAAAACAAACUCAAAACAGAAUUAUCAGAAGCAGCACAGAAAGCCUACAAGAGUCUAUGAAGAGCAACUAAGAAAACUGAAAAGCUUCACCCAGGAAAAAGAAGGAAGUGAAUUUAUAAAGACAGCAUUGAAACAA